AUGGGCAGCAGGCCAGACUGGAUCCGCUUCCUCGCCUCGCUGGAGAAGCGAGGGGUUCGGUUUGAUCAGGUGCAGUACGCGACUGACCGCCAGGAGGUCAUUCGCGCUACGGGCAUCACGGACGCGCUGAGCAUCGCGGUAGUCGAGACCGAGUGGCAGCGCCGCUGUAGCCACGGAGGGGAUGCCGCGGAUGCGAUGAACCUGGAUCGCCAAGGCUUUUCUGCAAGUAACCCAACAGGCGCUCGUACUUUGGCACCGCUCCUUUCUCCACCAGCACCCAGAGAAGGCGGGUCGACUACACUUUCCAGGGCUUCGAAUGGUGGCGGUAUUGACCUGCCAGCUCUCCACGAUGUGUCUCAACUGGCAAAAUUGCCUGAGGAGCUGCAGGACACUGUGUUGGCGACUGAAGUGCUAGCAGCAGCAGUGGGACUUGGUGGAAUGUUCCUUCAACACACGCCGGCCUCACCCGGCACCUCGAACGGCAUCAACACCAAAGACGGCUUUCACAUCUCGCCGCUGGUACCGGCGUCGAUGCGGAGCCUGUGCGAAACUGUCCUGCCUGUCGCUGACGCCUUCGUGGCGCUUCGCUGUAUCGAGAAGGCCGAGUACUCCAGUCGUAGCCUUGUACUCAUGGCACUCGGCGAGGUAGUCUCUGAGAUCAACACGAGCUACGCGUAUCAGGUGUCGAGGCUGCAGCUGUGGAGUGAAGGGCGGCCAAUGCCGUUGAUGGGCGUGGUGUCGGAGAUUCUCCGAGUCGGGCAUCACGUGGUGCGACUGCGACAAGUACUGCCAAUGGAUCUGAUUUCUACAGCCCUCGCUGAUGUGGCGACAGCGGCACCGAGCUCCUCGACGUUCGCCUCUCCCACUACCGGACUGGUAGGCCCCCGCAUCUUGAACCAUCUGUAUGACCAAGUGAAUAAGUACUCCGGUAGUUCCGAGGAUCAUGAGCUGUUGAUGCUGCUACUCCGUCGCUCGCUCGUCCCGUACCUGCGUAUGUUGCAGCGGUGGAUGCACAGCGGCGUGCUCGACGACCCGUAUGGUGAGUUCUUCAUCUCAGAGGCACACCACCCAGCAAUACCGGCCCCGACGGCUGCAAGCCACCAGCAGCUGCGACACACUGGCCAGCUCUUCUUGAAUGCCUUGGCGUCGACGACGCCAGGUACUGGGCGCGACGGUGAGCUCGGAGCCGGCGGCUCUAGCACUGCUUCCCAGGGCCGAUUCGGUCCGCACAGACGUGCAGCUGCACAGCAGGACGUAGUGGCCUUUGACCGCCGCUUCUCCCUCAACAAAAGCCUCGUGCCGGUGUUUCUCAGCACACCAAGUCGCAUAGCCAAGAUGGUCUUCUUCGCUGGUAAAUACUGCUGUCUCUUGCGAGAGUAUGGUGCGGCACUCCCGGCGUUUCGUGUUGCAUCCUUGCCCGGCGGUGCUGCUGGUAGUACGUUGUCCACUGCGAAUGCGGCAGCCGCCGUCGCCACAUGCGGCACCGAUGGUCUUGGCGAGGCAUUCUUGACCUGGAGUGGAGCGGACCAGCUUCAACGUCAGGUGCAGGAGUCCUUUGAGAUUGCUAGCGGUGCCGUGAUUCAACUGCUGUUUAGCUCAUCUGUUGACUUGCUUGGGCACCUCAAGUCUCUGAAGCUAUACUUUCUCCAAGAGCGGGGUGACUGGGUCGUCGACUUCCUCGACAGCGCCGAUAGUCUACUCGCUGAAUACCCGGAUCGCGUCAAGCAGUACUCAAUGCAGGUGCUUCUGCAAGCCGCCGUGGCCCGCAGCUGCGCGAGUGACCCCUACCAUGACCUGAUCGGGUGCAGUUUUGCGAACUGUACGCUGGAGGAGCUGCUGCAAGAGCAGAAUCGGCAGCGCGACAGCGGUCGCGACGCGACGACUGCGGGCGUCAGUGACAGUGCGACAGCGACGCUACCGUUCCGUCGGAACAUGGGCGGCGGCGGUGGCGAAGUGGAAGCACGGCGCAGCCUGGAGCUGCUGCAGCUCGAGACGGACCUGCAGUGGCCCUUGACCCUAGUGCUCGAUUCGAAGGUGACGCAUCGCCUCAACGUCAUCUUCCGGUUGCUGAUUUGGGUGAAGACGUGCGAGCGGCGCCUAUGUGAGUUGUGGUAUACAAACGAAAUCCUCGGCGAGUUCAGCGCCGCUUAUGGGCGAGCACCGUGGAGG